AUGCAUAACUUGGAUAAUUUUUUAAAGAAUUUGAUUGCACUUAAUGCCGAUUUGGGAUCAAAGAAUAAUUUGCAGUUUGAAAGUGUUGUUGGAAGAGGUGGGCUGUUUUUGGAAGAGUCGGUUCCUGCAUCAUUUGUUUCUUUGGUUUCAUCGAGUAAAUCGAUUUCGGUGGCGGUUUCGUGUUGCCGGAGGAGGGGGAGGAGCCGCCGGAGAGGGCGGCUGAUCGGCGAGGGUGGAUUUUUGUCGGUGACACUUUCGUCAAUUAAGGAUGGUGAAGAGUUUGGUGCGGAGGAGUCAGUGUCUGGUGGCGAUGUAGGAAAAAUUGAGGAAAAGAGCGGGGAGAGUGAGAAUGGGAAUGAGAGUGAAACGGUGGCGUUUAAGGAUGUUGUUAACGAGAAGAAGGGGAGGCUGCACAAAGGAGGUGGUACUCUGAACACUGCUAAGCAUCUCUGGGCUGGCGCCGUUGCUGCCAUGGUCUCGAGCGUCUAUAAAGGCAUUGUGCAUUAUGGCAAAAGGACACUAGAUGCUUAA